AUGCAAAAUAAUAAUGAAAAUGUUUUAAAAUUCAAAAAAUUAACAAAAGAAGAUAUAUCCAAAAGGGAUAUAUUUGGAAGAACUAUUUUACAUAUUACAAUCUUAUUAAAUGAUCAUGAAUAUUUUAGCAAUGUCUUAAUAAAGAAUUCAAAUUUAAAAUCAAUUUUAUCAUGUUGCGAUUAUGAAAAUGGUUGGAAUUGUUUACAUUAUAUCAUUCAUUAUAAACGAUUAGCUUGUUUUAAUAUUUUAAUUGAAUAUUUGAAUAGUAUAAAUUUGACUAAUAAUUUAUUUUCAUCUAAUGGAAUAUUUGUUGAAUUGUUGAAAUGUAAAGAUAGAUGUGGAUUAACUCCUUUACAAUUAAUGGAUAAUGAUUUCAAAAAUCUUAGAUGGAUUCCAGAAUAUAUCAAUAUAAAUGAUACCUAUGAGUUUACUUAUCGGUUUAUAGAUUCCAAAUUGAAUGAAAUCGAUGAAAAGGAAGAUGCAAGUAAAAUUAUUUCCAUGAAAUCACCUCUCAUUAAUUGGGAUGAAUUUAGAGGGGGGUCAGAUAUUUAUGUCAUUGGAUGUAACAGCAAUAAUCAACUAGGUUUAGGGGAUUCAAAAGAUCGAUCGGUGCCUAUCAAUGUUUCAAAUGAAUCAUUUGUACAAGAUCAGGAUGAUUCGGAAUCAAUCAAUGACAGAUUGCAAAGACCAAGAUUCAAGGCAAUGGCUAUUUCGAAAUAUCAUUCAAUUGUAUUGACACAUGACAGACAAGUAUAUUCAUGUGGGGUCGGAUCUAGAGGCCGUUUAGGUCAUGGUGACAAUUCAAGUAGUACUUUCAAAUAUAAAAGAAUUGAGUUUUUCAAUGAAUUGAGUGACUCACAAUACAUUAGACAAGUGGCGAUUUCAAAUAACCAUACUGUCAUAUUGACGUCAAACAAUGAAAUCUAUGCAUGGGGCUCAAAUAGUUUCAAUCAGUUAGGGGUUAGUAGUCCUGCUUCGAACAAGAAACUGAACAAUUACUUGGAUGAUUUUAUACCUACACCUACUUUAGUGAUGGGAGAAAUUAGAAAACAUCGUGAUGAAAAACUUUUGGGAAUUGCAGUUUCGAAAAUUCAUACUGUUAGCUGGUCCAAAAAUAAGUUAUUCUUUUGGGGACUAAACGCUGGUCAAAUGGGAUUACAGUGCGUAAAUGGUGAUGUUGAAAUCAAACUACAUGAUCAAAUGGUCGUUGGAGAAAUUCAACCUUCUCCAAAAUUAGUAAGUUUAAGAGAUGAAAUCAAACUUGUUAGUACAUCUGAACUAUGCACUUGUGUUGUAACAAUUUUCAAUGAUAUUCAUGUUUUUCAUAAUUUUCAACAUUACAAAUUGCCCAAAAUUCCAAUUAAAGGUUUAGGAGACAAAUAUUUUGAUUUAUUUAAGCCACCUAAAUUAACUCAAGCUGCAAUUAUAGAAAAAAUAGUUACUCGAGGUAGUGAUGUAACUAUGAUUUUAUUAUCUAAUGGCUCAAUAAUGAGUUUUAAUGUUGAUUGUUCAGAUAUAAAACAAACAAAAUAUAACGUUGUUUGGAAAGCUCAUAAUGACCAUAUGGUUGCCAUAGACUUUGAUUGUGGUUCAGAUGGUUCAGUUAUUUUAUGUACAAAAGAUGGAUCAGUGUUUUUAAAAACGUCACAAUCUUCAACUCAACGAAAAAAUUCCAUGAGUGCGGCUACAUUGCCAAUACCUGUAAAUAAUAAAAACAAAUUCAAAAAACUCGAAAAUUUAAAUAAAAUUGUCAAAGUCACUUGUGAUUCAAAAUUUUUAUCAUUUGGAUUUAUAAGAGAUGAUAUUGAUUUGUUACCUGUGGAAUUAAACAAAAAUGAAUUUUGGGUAGAUUUCAAACACUUGGCACCAAUAGGUGAAAAUGUCAACAAUAGAAAACAAGAGCAAUUAAUGAAGACAACUAAGGUGUCGGAGAAUAGAACUUACAUCACUUCGUUCUUUGAUGAAUCUUUGAAAGUUGCUGAAGAUGAUUAUCCUCGAGAUAGUAAUAAACCUGCCAUUGACACAACUAUUGAGGACCGAUUAAACGAAAUUUAUCAUCGACAAAAGUUUAAGAGUAUUCAUUGGUCAGAAAGGUACGUGCCGGUGUAUGAUAAGUCUUUGGAAGAAAUGUUGAAGUCGGAUGAGUCUUAUCUUCUACAUGAAUUUUGCUCUUACAAUAAGAACAACGAUGAUAUCAAAUUUUAUGAUGGUUGCAUCAAAUUUCAGAAUGAACCUGGAUCAGUCAUUGGAUUUCAUAUUGAUGUUUUGGCUCAUUUUUCACCAGUGUUUAAGUCAAUUGUCAAUUCAAGCAACAACAUCAUAGUAGGGAAGAGUUUUGAGGCAGAGUGGAUGCCUGAAUCUUCAACACUUAUGGUUAAAUCUCAAACUAGAGCUUUUUCAUUGCUACUAAUUCUUCAAAGUAUUUAUUUGGACAAAAAAAUUGAUCUUCAGGUAGUUUAUGGGUCUCGAUCAAAAGUUCCAGAGGAUUUGAAGAUAGUUCAAACUGAAUAUGAUGAAAUAGUUGAUUUAUUUAACUUGAAAUUAUCCCAAAAUAACCUCGUCGGGUUGUCGGUUAACUUAUUGGACUCAGAAGGUGAUGUCAUAUUCAAAUUAAAAGACGGAAAGUUAUUUGCACAUUCAUACAUUUUGAGAACUAGGUCUGCUUUCUUUGAAACUAUCCUAUCAGAGAGAUGGGAUACCGGCAUCACAACUUUAGAUUUUAGUGGAAUCAGUACAACUCAAAUGCAAAUAAUUUUGCGUCAUGUUUAUGGAGCAGACGAUUCCACUAUUUUGAACUCUUUGGAUUAUAAAUUUGAGGAGAAUGAUUUAUUUGUGAAUGAGAUUUUGGAAAUGAUUGAAAUUGCUGAUGAAUUAUUAAUGUUUGAUUUAAAAUCGAUUUUAGAAGUCGCUGUGAUUGGAUUUAUCACCCUAGAAAAUGUUCUUGUGUUGUUAACUCAUGCGGACUACUUAUCUGCUUCUAAAUUAUUUUUGAAUUGUUGUUGGUGUAUAUAUAACAAUUUGGAGGUAUUAAUGUUUAAUCCAUCUUUUAUUGCUAUCCCCAAAGAUGUUUUGCAAAAAUUGGAAACAAAUGUAUUGAUCUUGGAUAGAUGUAAGUUUUAUGAAAAGAAAGAUGAGAAAUGGAUAGAAAGUCAUGUCAAAGUUGAAGAAUUUGUUGAGGAUAUUGACAAGUUCAAUAAUUACUUCAUGAGUGAUGGAAAAGGUUUUGCUUCUUUUGAACCUUUGGUGGACAGUAAGUUGGAGGUGAAAAAGACCAAAGAGUCAGUUCCUAAGAAGAAAAAAUCUAGGAAAAGCUCGACCUUGAAUUCAGAUAUCAUAGAUUUUAGAGCAAACUGGGCGAAAAGCAAUAACAAUGGAGGUACUGGAACCAGUUCGUCGAUCAAGGAAUCAUCGGUUGCUGUUGAAGAAGAAUCCCUGGAUACAGGUUUUAUAACAGUUGGAAAGAGAUCUCGCAAACCAAAACACAUUGAAUUGUCACAAGAUGAUUUACAAAGCUUGAAACCCAAACAGGAUUUUAAAAGUAAACCCAUACCUAAUUCAAUCAAUCCAGCAACAACAAUUAAAUCACCACUGUUAAAUGGUUUAAGUCCUCAAUCAACUUGGGCUUCACCAGAUUCAUUCAUUGCAUCUGCUAGUGGGUCAAAAGCAUUUACUCCCGAACCACCUACAUCAUUCGAGACUAAAUUAUCGGAAUCAAAACAAUUUAAACCUAAAAUGGGUCCACACAUUAAAUUAUCACAGAAAGAGCGUAAAAAAAUUGCAGCUGCUGCUGCUUUGAAUGAAGCAAAUAAAGAUACAAAUACCACCCCAGAAAUCGGAAAUCAAAAUUCAGAUAUUGCUCCUUGGUCUUCAAUUACAAAUCCAUCUCCUACAUCCAAUUCGAUUGCAAGCAAAUUUCCAGCAUUAGGAUUAAAGAAAAACAAAUCAUCCGUUGCAAUAAAUAAUACUCAUCCAUCAUCCUCCAGUACCAAUGAAACAAAAUUCACAACAUAUCAAAUCAAUUCAUCUAGCUCUUCACUUUCAUCAAUGAAAUCAGCAACUCCAUCUUUGACUGAAAUUAUGUUGAAUGAAACUUUACAAAAAGAACAAGCGAGAGAGGAGAAUUUAACAAGAAAAUCAUUAUCCGAGAUUCAAAAAGAACAAGAAUUCGAGAGAUGGUGGCAGGAAGAGAGUAAAAAAGUUCAAAUGGAAAUGGGAUCAAUGAAUAUCACAAAUGGUAAAAAAUCCAAGAAUCAGAAGAAUGGUAAUGGAUCAUUUAGAAAAAGCUCUUCACCGAAAUCUCAAAAUACAAGAGACAAAAACUCCAAAAAUGCAAUGAAGAAAAUAAUUACGUAA